UCUCUUCUUCUUCUUCUUCUGCAGCAGCUCCGGUGUGUUGCAACGAGACUCCAGCUCAGUUCCCGGUGGAGAUUUUUCUGUCAGAAAACUUGUUCCCCUCGGCUAACUUUUGUUGUCUGUGUGUCUGUGUGUCUCUCUUCCUCUGUGGACGGACUUUAACUUUAUUUAUUUUUUUUUUUUUACCACGUUCAGUGCGUAAAAACGCAAGUUGCGCCUUUUAAAACUCUCUGUAUGAAAGCUCGCUGUGUGUUUGUGAAUCCAGCCGGAGCUGAACGGAGAGAGGGAAUUUCUAAAAUCCAUCAGACACCAAGGGGGAGAGUAUCGGCCCUCGAUCCACGAUGUCCUCCAGGGGUAAAAGCGACUUGUGCCGAAUAUGUGGCGGAGCUCUCCUGGGAAACCAAAGGCGGUGGCUGUUUGGGGGCCAAAAUAAGAAGACUGGUCAGUCUCAGACCCCGACAGAGUCCCUGAGAGGAGGAAGCCUGUCCCGGUCCUCGCAGAGCAGCCCCUGGGGCAGUACGUUAUCUCUGGGUUCCUCAGUGUCUCUGUCCAAGUCCCAGUUAUCCCUGAACUCCCCGUCCAAAGGAAUGGAUCUGCUCUCGGUGUUGACUCAUAUACUGGGACAGUCUGUACAGCGGGGCAGCGGGCAGGGGGAGUUUGUGUGUGGCAAAUGCGUGUGCAUCCUCGAGCGGGUAUUCAAGUUCGACUCGGUGAUAGCCAGGGUGCGGGUGCUUUCGUCUGAGAAGCUGCAGAAGCUGGUGCAGGAGAGGGACAAGAUCAGACAGUGGGUACGCCAAAACUACCACCAGAGACACCCACGGGAGUUCCAGAGCCGGGGCAGCACCAGCGAGGAGGAUGGCGAGGCGGAGAAGGAGGGCUACAGGGAGAUGCUCAAAGAGAAUAUGGCACUCUCGGAGUACGAGUGCUGGUCCGAGAAGUGGGACACGUGUCCGUAUUUUAUAAGAACGGGUAAAAGAUGUAAAAAAGGCAAAGGAUGCGAAGGCUGUGAUUCCUUACGGGUGUCCGACUCGGAUUAUGAGUCCGUUUGUGGGGUUCCUCGCAACUUGCCUUUUCAACCCUUCUCCCCAUUGGCAUUAUCACGGGACAAAUCCCAGAGCAUGCCCCUCCACUGGCAAAGGGUGCCAUCCAUCAGCUCCAGUCCGUCGUCACUGGCGGGGUCCUGUCUUUCCUUACAAGCAUCUUCUCGCACUGCGUCUAUUCAGUCUCUGGACUCUCUUGACGGCAACGACCCGUUUGACUCCCCAGGUGUUCAGUCAGUCAACUUUGUGCUGAAGGAGUUGAGAAGCAUUGAAGGAAAGCCGGUCAGUUCGCCAUCGGGGAGCAGGAUCCCAGUUUUGGGCAGGAAGGACGGGAGGUGCUCGGGAAAAGUUGGAGAGAUGGCGUCGCCAUCAGUGAACAGGGUGCUGAACUUUGGGAAUGUGGAGAACGGAGGGGAUGAAAUGGAUGAAGAAGACGGGGAUGUGCUAACAGAGCUGAGGGACGAGUUCAUGCCUCUUCAUCGAGAGAGCUCAACUGGCAGGGUUCAACACGCCGUCAGGCACCUACGAGGCCAGCUGGACCAAGCCGUGUCCCGCAUCAGGACCCUGGAAGCCGAGCUGAAACAUGGGAGGGGCCAACCAACGGAAGUAAACGGAUCAGAAGACUGGGCCCCUUUGGUCCAGGAGGAGGGUGGCAGUUCCCUGCUGCAGGGCCUCGGACACUCCCUCCACAGCCGGGAGCGUCUGAUCCAGGAGUGUAUGGGUCUGAUCAGAAGACUGUGUGUGGAGGAGGGAGCAGGGACUGAGCUGACCAACAAGCUGACUGAGAAUCUGAAGCAAACUCUGUCUGACAACAAGGCUGCUCUGGAGACUUUGAGGUCCGAUGUGACUGAGAGAGAGAAGGGCCUGGAGAAAGAGAUCGAGGCCCUGAGAAAGGCUGGAAGAGACAGAGAGAGAGACCUCGACACACUCAACACCGUGCUGCGGUGCAACCAGGAUAUUAUCAAUGACCUGCGAGUGGCUCUGGGGGAGAAGGAGCGACUGCUGAAGGAGGUGGAGAAAGAGAGGGAGGUGUGGAGACAGAGGGACCAGGCCCUCACUACGGUCCUGCAGGAGAAGGAGGCUCUGAUCCACCGCCUCAAAGAGAAUCUGGUGAGCUGUCAGAAAGAUGGACAGGCUGUCUCUGACUCUGUGAUUGGUAAGGGGUUGGCUGGGGGAGGGGCUCAGCUGGCAGCCUUGUUGGAGGACAGAGAGGGAAACAACGCCACCUUGUGCAAGGAGGUCACCAAACUCAACACAGCCCUGCAGGAAUACCAGGAUAUGGUGAAGAAUCAGCAGGAGAGCCACAGUCAGACGGUGUCUUCUCUGACAGCUCAACUCAGAGACACUCGGCAGGAGCUGAGGGAGAAAGAGAAGGAGAAGAAGCAGGCCGAUAGAGCCUGGCAGAACAACAGAGAGGACAGAGAGAGAGAGGAGAGGAAACUGAGGGACAGCCUGGAGAAGAGAGACAAACUCAUAGAGGUAACGUGCAGGAAUCUGCUGCUUAUUGUUUUCUUUUCUUCAUUGAAAAUAUUAAAUAGCACUGUUUUUUAUGAAAUGUGUGUAUUAUAUAUCCCACCCUGUUCCCCUCUCCUGCUUCCAGAUCCCCCCCAAGUUGAGUACCAAGUAGCUUACAUGUGAAAUGUGUAAACACACAAGAUACAUUUAAAUAAAACAUCAAAUUACAUGGAAUAUCUUUGACAUAUCUGCAACAACUACGUCAGUUGACCUGCAACUAUUGUGAUAUUCCGUCAUUUGAUUCAUUUUCCAAGCAAAAAUGCCAAAUAGUUAAUGGUUAAACCAACUAUUACAAUCAUCAAAUAAUCAUUUAAGCAAUAAAUCCCAAUAAAAAAAUACCAAACAUUCCCUAAUUUAACCUUUUCCAAUGUGAGGAUGUUCUGCUUUUCUGUUAUUUUUAUCACUGUAAACUGAAUAUAUUGUGGUUUUAGACUGUUGGUUUCAUAGACCCAAACACUUUUGCAUUAAUCAAACAAUAAUAAUUAUGAAAAUUAUAAAUAAUAUUAAUUAUUUUCCAAAUGAUGCCUAAAGUAAAAUAAUGAUUAAAACACUACUUAUUUGGAGGCCAAACAUUCCACAUACAUGAAUUAACAACAGGAAACCUGCACUGAUGUUAACUUGCUUGAUGGUUUUGUUGUGAAGGCAGAUGAUAUCUCAGUCUGGCAUCUGUCAACAGUCCAAGGAAUGUGCAGUACAAAUGUUGUCAUGCCAGUUUGGUUUGGUCCAUCUUUAAUGAUCCUGAAAGGAGCUGAAUAUGUCUUGAGAUGAUUCAUCAAGUUACUAUUGUUGUGCACAGUGUGACAUUUCUCUCUUCCACAUACCACACAGUGACCGGCCCUGUCCGUGUUUACUGUAGGAAGACAACAAAAGGAGACAAAAGAGCAAGGAGUAAAAAUACACCCUGAAGGACUUGAAUACUUAAACUUGUUUCUGGUGAUGUAGUUUCUAUUUUUUACUUCAAUAAGAACCUUGAACACCUCCAAACAUCAGUGCCAGAUUUUACUGUCAGAUCCUCAGAAUCAAUGUUUGAUGGCUUUUUAUAGACUCACAGUCAUGCCAAGAAAAAUAUGUUGGUGAAAGAUUUCAGAUCAGCCUCCAUAGAACACAAUGCAAUGCAGCCACAGGAUGUAUUUUGAUUUAAGUGAGAAGGCAAAUAUAAGGAAUUAAAUGCACAAUAUUUUUAUUUCUGCCACUAGGGGUCUCUCACAUCAAAACAAUAACAAAAGGAGAGGUUUGAUGAUGUUUUGAAAUAGUGUGGGAUCGUGGGAGUUGUUGUUUUCACCGCCAUUGCCGUCAUCGCAGUCAG